CCAACUUUUGUCUACGAUAUCACAGAAUAAAUAACCAAUUGUUUAUUCUGUGACGAUAUGUAGUGUUGUGUUUAUGUUUUGUAUGACACGUGUUCUUCAAAAAUACUUCCAAACACUGGGUUAGAUUUUCUUAGGCUAAAUUUUAUAUUUAUAGAAGAAAACAAUUAAAAAAAAAAAUAACAGUAUGGGAAGUGAUGAAGAAGGGACUAAGAAACUUUUUGAUAAGAAGCAGUGGAGACAGAAAAAAUACAGCAAAGAAUACAAGUUGAAGCAGUGGGAAGAGAGACGGAGGAUAGCCGCGCUCAGAAAACAUCGCAAGGAACUCAGGAAGGAAGGCGGCGACGCAGCUCAAACGAAUGCUUUUCCUCAGUUCCCGCAGGGGGGUGAAGGUUCAGAGCCUGAAACAAAAAAGAAGAGGAAAAAAUUGAGUGCAUUUCAGGCUGCACAGUUGGAAUACCAGCAGAAGCGUGAAGAGAAGCAAAAGAAAAUAGAAGAACUACUUAGAAAGAAGGAAGAAAAGGAGGAGGCACUGAAGAAGUACAAAAUAAAGAAAGCAGAACGUUUUAAAAAACUAUCAAAGAAGACUAGAAAGGGUCAGCCAGUUAUGAAAGACAGAAUAGAACUCUUACUUGAAAAAAUUCAAACUAAUUCAGAUGUGUAUAGAUUAUCUUGAAGGCUUAAAAGAUUUUUUUUA